AUGGGGCCGAGACGCUCUCAUGGCGGUUGGCUGUGGAUGUUCAUGUUCCAACUGGGUGCUGCAGACUGCACUCACCACUGCCUCAGCAGCAGCAGUGACACACAACCUUUUAUCCCCUUGACCCAAACUCCGACUUGGCAGGUGGAGAGCGAUGGUGGUUGCCUGAAGCCCCUGUAUAACUUUGCCAAGCUUUUCAUUGAGGCAGUACAGCCAAAUCCUUUCCCAGAAGGUAAGCAAGCAACAUUGAUGAGUUUUAAUUUUACACUGUCUUGCACAGGGAAUUGGGGCAACCUUUUGAUAGCCCAAAUUCUUAAAACACACUGUGAGUUCGUUUCACUGUGAGUGACUUAAUAGCUAAUAGCUGUCCUACCUACUGAAAAUUAAUAUGAUGUUAACAUCUGCUACUUCCCUUUAUUGACCAUGAAAUUAUACUACUUAGAAGACAGAAGUAAACAAUUAUUGUGACACAGAAUCAAUAUAACAAUGUCUAGAUGUCCUAUAAACUACCACUUUCUCUUGGCUUAGUACAACAACAAACAAUGACACCUGUAUGAUUUCUAUUUUCAGAUAUAUUUACAGCUUUAAAGACUGAACAACUAGAUAUUCCACAGGUUUGUGCUUGUGUUUCCUAUGGUCUGUCUCAAUGGUGUUCCCUGACCUUUCUUCUGUCUUCCUGUUUCAGACAUAUACCUUAUUAUACCUACAUGGACAAGAAUGGUCUGCUAUACCUUUACAAUCAUAUCAGCUCAACAGAUCAUUUCAUAACCUCUGUCCCACACUGGUAACAUUACAGGUUAAAGAAGUGGUUUGUCUGCGAUGCAUGUUUUUUUUUGUUGUUGUUACUUUUAUUAUUUUGCAGACAUUCUUAUCCAGAGCGACUUACAGGAGCAAUUAGGGUUAAGUGCCUUGCUCAAGGGCACAUCGUCAGCCUUUUCACCUAGAGAGCUCUGGGAUUUGAACCAGCAACCUUUCGGUUACUGGCCCGACCUCUUAACCGCUAGGCUACCUGCUGGUGAACCUGUCUCCUCUUACUCUAAGGGAUCAUUAUCUCAAUCAGAUUUUCGCCAAUUGAUAACACCAUUAUGAACAUUAUGAAGUAUUUGCUUUUUGAAAUGUUCGUUGCUUAUGAUGUAAUCUUGGUGGUUUUGUUCCGCAAAACUCCCCUCAUUCCUCUCAACAGCUGGUUCGGUAUGAGGCUGGAUACUUAGUGUGCAUGCUCUUGGCUGGACUUUACCUGCUCCUGAUGCCAGUUGCUGGUGGAGUUCUUGCUUGGAGGCAUUUCCAUAGCAAGAAGGUAGAGGUGAGCGAUACCCAGUCGUCAACAUUAUCAUCACUCUACCAUCAGGACAUCGGUGUGGCAGCUUGCCUAGUUCUUGUCACCAUUUUACUCCUGUAAGAAAGUAUACACACGCACAUACCCAAACAUAUUCAUGUCAUGCUGAAAUUAUAUAAUUACACUGUAUGACUGUGUAUAGGUGGAUAUUGUGUGAGGUGUGAUUUCUUCCUUUGUAUGUGUGUUUAGGACAGGGGUGAUCCUGGCUUUCACCGUGAACAGCAGAGUCAGUGAGAACAUGCACCUAGGCCUCUAUCAUGUAGAGACCAGCGCCAGGAUCAUGGAAGACUCUCUAACUUCAAUUCCACAGGUCUGGCCGGCCACCAUAACACAUCAUAACACUCCAACUUCCAGGAAUUAGUUUUUUGAUAGUUGGUUUAUUCUGGGAAUUAGCAUUUCGGAAAUAUACAGUUGUAGCCCUAAUGCACUCUCUUUGCUUACUCUUUUCUGUACAGAAAAUUGAGGUCAUUAUGGAACAGUUCUCAAUUCCCAAAGCAGAAAUCUCAAAGGAAAUAGAUGGUAAAUAAAGUUCAUAUGGUGUAGUUAGUUGAUGUAGGGGUCUUACUUGAUCUGUUUUUGAAAUAAAAUGAAGCCUAUCUUUCAAAAAAUGUAAGUAUGUGGACAAUCUGUACUUACAGAUGCUGAUGACAUCAUUGGUGCAACAAUCAUCUCCUUUUUCAACACUGAUGUCGACAAAGCUCUCACAGACUUAUCUGCCUCCAUCAAAGGUGUGUUUCUGCAUAGUUUCUUUGGUUCUCUACAAUACACCUAUUGUCUUUUGUCAGAUAGAGUGACAAAAUGCUGCCUACGGGAGCAGGUAAACCUGUACUUUACCUGCUUUUGAAGUUCUUGCUCUGAGGCAUUUCCAGGUGAACAACACUCAGUCAUCAUCACUAUACCAUCAGGACAUUGGGGUGGCAGCUUGUCUUGUUCUUUUCACCAUUUUAUUCCUGUAAGAAAGUAUACACACACAGACAUACACACACACAUAUCAUAUUCACAUGCCAAAUAUUUUGCUGAAAUGCAUUGUCUUACGCCUGACGUACUAUUGUGACAGAUAUGAUUGGUAAAUUCAGUUAAAAUGUAAACCUGUUCGAUGUAUUGUAAUGAUGAGUUAGUAAAUUCCAGGGAGUGCCAUUGACUUGACUCUGGGAUACUUUAGCUACUAAAUUAUGAUCACAAUUAGACAAGGUUAUUAAUUGUCUCUCAUCCAGCGAAGAUAUCCGAUUACAUACACAAAACAACGUCCUGUGUCAUGUCUUCUCAAUAGACACAAAAACCAGGGUCUGUUUUCAUAAAGCGCCUUUGAGUAGGAAUGCUGAUCUAGGAUCAGUUUUUCCUUUUAGAUCACAAUGAAUAAGAGGGGGAAACUGAUCCUAGAUCUCCUCUGAGACACUUUAUGAAAACAGUGUCACGAUCGUUGAGAGAUGGGUCAGACCAAGGUGCAGCAUGAAAAGCGUACAUGUUUAUUUAACUCAAUAAACAUAAAAACAAGAAACACCGUAACAUGAGGUCCUCAGGCUAUACACAUACAAGCCUAACACAGAACAAGAUCCCACAACUAAGGUAGGCAGCUGUCUCUGAUUGGGAAUCACACCCGGCCAAACAUAGAAACAACACAUCUAGAUCCUAAACAUAGAAAUUCUAACAUAGAUCCUCACGCCCUGACCAAACCAACUAAAGACAACCAGCCUCUCACGGCCAGGGCGUGACAAACAGGCCAUGGCCACCAGUCAAACUCAGUAUCUGCCACCCAGUACUUAAUCAGACAUUGUUUCUAAUGUUUUAUUCAAGUACAGGAUAUGACUGAAACUCAGUGACUUUCAUUUCCUUCCCCAUGGGCCUGUGUGUCUCUCUGUAUGGCCACAGAUGCUAUUGGAACCAUUGAGAACCUGCAGCUGUAUCAGACGACCAGGACAGACCUGCAGGCCAAUCACACAAUCCUACAGAAUGGCAUCCAGGGACUACAGAGCCGAGUGGAGAGUCUGGGGAAAUGCCCCACCUGUGACUUCCCCGACCCUAGCAACCUGACUACUGUUGCUAACUACUACCUGGUAUGAAAAAUUGUACCCUUUUCCAUAUUUAGUGUAGUACUUUUUGAACAGGGCCCAUUUGAACAGGGCAUCCAACGUGUCUUUCUCCAAUGUCGUUUUCUUGUCUGUCAAAACCAAGGAUAUGAUGGAGAUUGAUUUUUUAAAAUUACAUUUUCCCAGUGUAUGUUGUAUAAUAUGUCUGAUGUUGAAUAAUGUUACAGUGUCUAUUUGUGUUUGUCAUUGUAGAUCCCCAGUGUGGAUGACAAGCUGAAUGAUAUGCCACCUGCAUCCAGCCUCGCAGGCCUCGUUGAACAGGUGAGCAUACAAACAGGAUUCAUUUAACGAAAAUCAGAAUGGAAAUGUUGGCAAAACUAUUCUUGAUAUGUUGUUGCAUUGGACUGGAUGAAAUCAAACUGAAAUAAUGUUUAUCGGCUGUCUUCUAGGGGAACCUAACCUUCUGUGCCAUUCCACAAAAGUGCUCAGAGCAAGUGGCUCCCACAAUAGCAGGUGAAUUUGAAGACGGCCUUCUUGUUCUUCAUCAUUAUUUGCUAUAUUUAAUUAUGUCUAAUUUACAUUUACAUUUUAGUCAUUUAGCAGACGCUCUUAUCCAGAGCGACUUACAGUAAGUGAGUGCAUACAUUUUCAAUGACCAAGUAAAUGGCUGCAAGGCAUGAAUGUGCAAUUUAUUAAAACCAAUUAACAAUGACCUCUCUGUCGAGAAUCCGGUGUAUAAAUAAACAGUGUAACAAAAUCCAAUGAACAGUAGUAGAUACACUAUAUAUACACAAGUAUGUGGACACCCCUUCAAAUUAGUGGAUAUGGCUAUUUCAGCUGCACCCGUUGCUGACAGGUGUAUAAAAUCGAGCAUGCUGCCAUGCAAUCUCCAUAGACAAACAUUGACAGUAGAAUGGCCUUACUGAAGAGCUCAAUGACUUUGAACGUGGCACCGUCAUAGGAUGCCACCUUUCCAACAAGUCAGUUUGUAAAAUGUCUGCCCUGCUAGAGCUGCCCCGGUAUUGUGAAGUGGAAACGUCUAGGAGCAACAACGGCUCAGCCGCAAAGUGGUAGGCCACACAAGCUCACAGAACAGGAUCGCCGAAUGCUGAAGUGCGUAGUGCUUAAAAAUCGUCUGUCCUCGGUUGCAACACUCACUACCGAGUUCCAAACUGCCUCUGGAAGCAACGUCAGCACAAGAACUGUUCAUUGGUAGCUUCAUGAAAUGGGUUUCCAUGGCCGAGCAGCCGCACACAAGCCUAAGAUCACCAUGCGCAAUGCCAAGCGUCGGCUGGAGUAGUGUAAAGCUCGCCACCAUUGAACUCUGGAGCAGUGGAAACGCGUUCUCUGGAGUGAUGAAUCACGCUUCACCAUCUGGCAGUCCAACGGACGAAACUGGGUUUGGCGGAUGCCAGGAGAAUGCUACUGCCCCAAUGCAUGGUGCCAACUGUAAAGUUUGGUGGAGGAGGUAUAAUGGUCUGGGGCUGUUUUUCAUGGUUCGGCCUAGGCCCGUUAGUUCCAGUGAAGGAAAAUCUUAACGUUACAGCAUACAAUGACAUUCUAGAUGAUUCUGUGCUUCCAACUUGGCAACAGUUUGGGGAAGGAUGACAAUGCCCCUGUGCACAAAGUGAGGUCCAUACAGAAAUGGUUUGUCAAGAUUGGUGUCGUAGAACUGGACUGGCCUGCACAGAGCCCUAACCUCAACCCCAUCGAACACCUUUGGGAUUAAUAGGAACGCUGACUGCAAGCUGAGCCUAAUCGCCCAACAUCAGUGCCCGACCUCACUAAUGCUCUUGUGGCUGAAUGGAAGCAAUGUUCCAACAUCUAGUGGAAAGCCUUCCCUGAAGAGUGGAGGGUGUUAUAGAACCAAAGGGGGAACCAACUCCAAAUUAAUGCCCAUGAUUUUGGAAUGAGAUGUUCACGAGCAGGUGUUCACAUACUUUUGGUAAUGUAGUGUAUAUUAGAAUGUGCUAUGUGAAGAAUCUCUCUUUGUCUCUCUCUCUGUCUCGCUCUCUCUUUCUCUCUCUCUCUCUCUCUCUCCUUCUCUCCUUGUCAUUACUCUAUUUAUUAAACCCCCUGUCCUCUGUGCCUGGUUGACGUAGCUCUCAUGUCUGAGCUGAAUGAAACCCAAGAGGAGUUGCUGAACACCAGCCAUAGGUUCCCCUCGCUGGAGUCUCUCACUGAAGCUGUGUCUGACUGUAAAACCACCGUGAGACGCUUUGCAGAGCCAGUAGAUUACUACGACUUUGUCAGGUAACAUUAUUGAUGAGUCCCAACUGGUACCCUCCCAAAUGGCACCCUAUUUCCUAUAUAGUGCACUACUUUUGACCAGGGCCCACAGGGAUAGGGCUCUGGUCAAAAGUAUUGCACUAUGUAGGGGAUAAGGUGCCAUUUGUGACACAGCCUAUGACUAUCAUGGAAUAUUUAUCACCAGAGAUCAGCAGCAUUAGUUCCAGUGCUUAGGUUUUUUGUAACUGGUUAUUCAGACAAAUCACGUUGUGGUGUUAGAAUCUUUCAAAUUUCUGAAGGGUAAGGGACAUUUGGCCCAUAGACUUGUCCGUAACUUGCAAAGAGAAAGGGUGGAGCUCUUCAUUCCGGUUCCGAUCCUCGUUCUAUCGCUCCGUAUGGACCCACAAUUUAAUCGAGCAUCUGACCAAUUACGCAAUACUUUAGUUCUGGGUUAACCGAGAUUAGUCACUUGUUAAAGGCCAAGUGCAGUCAAAUACAAUUUGACUUUAUCGACACUAUGAGGUUGGAAUAAUCUGUGAAAUUGUGAAAAUUAUGGUAAUGUCAUUUUAGUGUAAGAGCUGUUUGAAAAGACCACCUGAAAUGUAAACUUGUUUUGCAUGGGUGGGGUUUUGGACUGCCUAGCAACAUCACCAAGCAGUAGGAAGUGAAUAGACAAAUAACAAAGACCUCUCUGCCAAUAACAGCUAGUUUUCAGGUUACAUAUCCCUCCCAUUAGGCUCUUCCCAUUCGGCUCCUCCAAUUAGGGCCUUCACUUAGACCACUCCCAGACAGUCCUAGCAAAUGUCUUGCUAGCGAAAUAGCUUUUUGCUAAGAAGGAGCUAUUUUUGUUUCUUUUUGACCAUUUUAAUUGAAAACAAUCACAGUAAGGUACUUAAUUGUUACCUAAAAUGAUUUGAUAUUGAGAAGAAUAAAAACUACAUUGGACCUUUAAUGCUAAGGUGUCAUGCCAUACAGAUACAGAAGCCCAAUGCACCUGUCUAACCUCAUUACAGGCAUGGUUCCCUUAGCAGUCAGUAGCUUAGGCAUAUAUCAGUGUAUUGUAAACUCUUUUCCAUGUGACUGAUAAGGUAUUUUGAUUAUCUCUGUCACUUACAGUAUCUCAAGACAUACAAAAACAAUUUUGAUAGUGUUUACCCAGAGACUUAUGUAUGCAUAUGUCCCCCUUGUCUUCCCCUAUAGGGUCACACAUAUUUUUCAUCAUUUAUAAAAUAAUGACAUGUUUAAAUACUUUUUGCUGAAAGACAUUGAUGUGGAUUGAUGCCAGUGUGCUCUCUGGCACCCUCUUCAGGUGGGCAGUGUCAUUGACACUCUGCAUGGUGAUGCUGGUCAUAGUGGUUCUGAUGGUUGCUGCUCUCUCUCUGGGACUCCCUGUGCUCUUCUACCCUACGAUUUACUCCACAUACCCAGAUGCUCGACUGGAACACACAGCAAUUGGCCUGUUCAGAGCGUAAGUGAAGUAUACCUGAUUUAGAAUAUCAUGGCCCAUAUUAAUAAAACGCCAAAGAGCAGGAGUGCUGAUGCAGGAUCAAGUGAAGUCCACCCUGUCCAUGUAAUCGUAUUCAUUGUGGUGUUAAAGGAAAAACUGAUCCUAGAUAAGCUUUCCUUAUCUGAGAGGCUUUAAGAAUACCUGCAUCUUCUCACAGGUUACAGAUCCAGUCCUGUCCUCUUCUGACAUGGACCUGUUUUCUCCUGACGGUAUUGAUUGUGUUUUUCUUUAAUGAUGUUGUUUUCUGUCAUCAUUCCACAGAGCUGUGGUGGUGACCUUCAUGUUCUCCUGGCUCUUCAUCCUCCUGGUCUGUGUUAUGUUGUUUUUCGGGGGGAAUGCCCACACCCUGGGCUGCCAGAGCUGGACCAAUGGACAGAUCUUUGGGGUCAGUGAGGGCCCCUAUGGAGCUAAUGGGAAAUAUAUGUGCAUAGGGAAUAAUCUGUGUGUACACAGCUAUUGUAAAAAAACGUAUACUUAUAAACAUAAGUAAAUGAAUACAUGCACAACACAACUCAUUCAAAUGAUUCUCUCCCCCGCUGUCGUUUCUAUCACAGUUCUUAGACCAGCAGAAUUAUCUUUUCAGCAGCCUAAACAACACCAGUCAAAGCUUCAACACCAGUCAAAGCCUCAACACCAGUCAAAGCCCCAAUAUCAAAGAGACCCACCAAAUUCAGCCCAGCACCUCAGCAAUAUACCAGUGAGCUCUCAAUUGCUGCUCUAAGAUCAUCUGUCCUUGUAUGUGUUACUGCCCCACACAUUCCACAAUGAUGCUCAGUCACAAUCACAGUGUCUCAGACCGUUAAACUAGAUUACAGCUUUUGUACACUCUGUUUCUGGGUUUACUCAUACACACCUCUGUCUGUGCUCUUUGUUUCAGUGGCUGUAAGAGAGGACAGUCAUUGUUCCAAAGCAUGCACAUGGAGCAGCUCUUUGAUCUGGAGGACUUCCUCAAUGCCAGCAAGGUGUUUCUCAAUAUGCCAUCUUGUCAUAUUUCAUUUGUUUUCUGUUCUUUCAAAAAUCACCCUGUGUGUCUAAGGUACUGUUACUUCUGUACCUUUGAUUACAGUAUAUUUACAUUUUCCAAUGGCAUAAAAUAAAUGAUACUGUCUGUGCCAGUUAUUUAAUAUGUGCCUGGGUGGGUGUUUCUCCUCUCAUUUGUUGUAGUACUUGGAUGGAUUCAAUGAGACUGCUCAGAAUCUGUCAGUCAGCCUGGAUGGCUUGAAACUGCUACCUGACAAUGGCAGACAGGCCCUGCUGAGCUUCAAACAGUGUGGGAUAGACAGCAUCAACUACGAUGAGCUAUUACUGCUGGUAUACACAGGAGUAGCAAAUUGUGUGUGUGUGUGUGUGUGUGUAUAUAUGUGUGUGUGUGUGUGCAUGUCAGAAAGCUGCAUAUUUAUGUUGUCCAUUUAUCAAUUUAUUGUCUCUGUAGCUAAGCACACCAGUUGUGAAGACAGACCUUGGAGUAUUUGCCGAUGAACUGGAUAAGAAGGCAGAACUUCCUGUAAGUCUCUCUUGGUUUAGGUAAAAAAGAAACCCCAUAGCACAAUGGACCAUGUAAGUUGCAAUUCAUGUUUAUUUUCUUCACAUCAGGCAAAUGCUGGAAUUAAGGAAGAUUUGAAAAAAGAGGCCGAAACAACCAGGCAUCUGAGCACCAUCGUUAAGCAACAGCAGACAAAUGCAGUGAGUUUUAUUUUGACAUUUAUUUUCAUCCCAAACACAAACUUUUAUAUGCAUCAAUGUUCCACAACAAAAUAAGCAUGUAGAAAUUGUAGCUCUAAGUAGAUUUUUUUCCAGGACAAAUUAUUAUUUAGACUCGCUCAGUCCAUACAUUGCAAAGUAUUUUAUUGCCUAAAAUGUUCAUCUUUUCACUACUUAGGCAAAGAUGAGCCAAAGUGUGAGUGCUUUGAAGAUUAUCAGCACAGUCUACAAGGUAGAGUACUGUCACUGUCUGAAGAUGAUCCCUUUGAGAUAAAAUAACCACUGAGUUGUGUGUGUGUGUUAAUGUGAUUAUUUGAGUGUGGUGAUCCAUCCCUUAACAACUCAUUUUCCUCACACUAGGCUAAUAUAGACAAAACUCUGGAAAGUUUGACCCAGACAGAAGUGGCACUCUACAACCAGGUUCCUUACAUUGUGGGAAAUGUAAGACCAAAUUACAUUAUUUUCCAUGAUUCAUUAUGCACUUGGUCAAGGACUACAUUAUAAUGAAUUGUAUAGAGGAGAGUUGAACGUAGAGUAGCUCUAGGGCGUUAUGUGCGGCAUGUUACCACACAUAACACCCUGGACCAGAGCUAAAUGUAGAGCUGCUCUUAGAAGUUAUGAUGAAUGACACUGCCAAAACUUUUUCAGGGGUCAUAGUUAUAAUGGUUCUAGACUGAGGUGGGUUUUUUCUAUGGCAGGUGUCUCACUGUACCAUGGAGAAAGGAGCACAAUCCCUGCUUCGGUACCUAGAUUGGGUCCGUCAUGCAGUAAGUACUGUACUAAUAUGCCAUAGAAUUACACAGAGAUAAUAAUAGCCCUUAGCAACACUGUCACACUGCAGUUCUCACUCUGUGUAAACCAGAAUGGGUACUUUGGGUAGGUAAUUGCUCAUGUCACUGUUUUACUAUAAUCAUGUUUUCUAAAUGUACAUCAUUGUGAUGGUGUUGAUGUACAGGACUGUGCAGUUAUUACUAGCACAACACGUCAUACAGAAAGAAUUUCACUGCCAGACACCAUGUUGCUGCCUCUGAGCAUUACAUUCGGAUACCGUUAUCCAAUAAUCUCUCCCCAAAGUGUGUGCAAUAGUAAGGUGAAAAGGACAGUUGUUCCUAUGCCAUGAUUCUUGAAACAGUGGAAUGUUCUCCAUAAUGUCAUGCUGGUAGGGUGUCAAUAGACGUGAGGACAUCCCAUGUGUUUGGUUUUAAAGAGGGUACAUUGAGUAAGUGACAUGACAAGAAACAUAUUGCUUUGAUGGAUUGGUUAUCAUAGCUUCUUUCAUCGCCAUACAACAGCUGUCAAUGUACACACGUACAGUAGCCUACAUAAAGGACACAAAACAUCAGCAUAUAUUAUAUAAUUGUUCUAUGCACAUUAGUCUCUAUGGAGAACAAUAGACUAGACGUACUCGAUAUUUGACACUGUAUUUUCCCAUUUACAGAUCUUAUAUAAGGUCCUGGAUUGCCGUUGGCUUGCUGUGUCACUGGACAAUGUGUAUACAGCAGUCUGUCUCAAUGUGAUUGAUCCAUUGGUGAGCGUUUUCCCUAUUGCAAUAUCCCAAACAUACAAGAUGUCAUCUGAUCUCUCCCUCCCUCCCCCUUCCUUUCUUUUUCUCUUUCUCUUCCAAUCCAUCUGAGCAUGUUACUCGUCUCUGUCUGUCUGUCUCUCUUCAUCUCUAUGUUUUUGUCUCUCUCUGCAUGAAGAAUGCAUUCUGGCUGUGUCUGGGAUGGUGUUGUGCAUUCCUGGUCCCUGGAGUGAUAUUCAGCAUCUAUACAGCCAGGCGAUUGAAGCCAGAGCCCACCUUCAUUAGGUGAGAGAACCUUGCUCAGAACACUGAUACAAUGUCCUCCUCAUAUUACUAGAAUGAAUAGAACUAGAAUAGAACUCAUUCUAGUUUUGUGGUACUCCUUUCGACUCAAUGUAUGAGUAGUGCCCAUGUUAACCUACCUGCAUUGCAUGGGCGCCUAGCAAUUAUCUACUGUCUUUAUUGGCUCCCACUGAAUUGCAUCAUGAGACAAAUCUCUAACCAUGUUUGCUCGUACUUUGUGCUAUAAUACUAGUCUGGUUGACACCAGCUCUAGCGCGCGGUGUAGUCACGUGGGUUGCGCGUCAGCCAGGCUACUACAAUAUAAUACACCUUGCUGUAUAAAUGUCGUUUUAAUCAUAUAUUGCCCUUCAUAUCUGCAGUAAGGAUACAUUCAUCCUGCCUGAGAAGAAGACAGAGAAUAUGAAAUGCCAUACAGAGAAAGCUGCAUCCAACAACUACAUGACCUUAGAAGAAAUCCAUGAGAGCUGCAUGGUUUCUGAAUACAUCAAAAGCAAAUAA